AUGUCUGACUACAAACCAACCGAGAACGACGGCCUCAAGCAGGACGGUACUCCUGACAAGCGUGUCGGCACUGGCCAAUUUGCCCAGGGCAAGGUUGACCCGCAUGAGGCUGGUGCUCAAGGUGGGAAAAGUAGUGGCACUACUGGGGGCGCCAGCGGCGGCGCCUCGGGCGAUGAUUACAAGCCCACUGAGAACGAUGGUCUUCGCAAGGAUGGACAGCCCGACGGACGAGUGAAGGGCAACUAA